AUGGGAGAGCAAGCAGAUCGGGCGAUGAUUCUUCAGGUCUUCUUUAUCGCCCUUUUUAUGGAGCAGAACGGUCCUCGAUUCCUUCCAACUGCUAGGGAUGGUCUUGUCAGUCAGGUAGCGGCUGAUUCUAGCGUAGAAAUCGACCUCGGCGCCUCCGAAGUUUCAAGCAUAUCUCUGAGAUACCUGUGCCAACAUGCCAAUGUUUCCGACAUUAAAAGGCUGAAUGGGCUGAUGUGUGAUCAAGACUUAUAUGCUCUUCAGGUGUUAAAAAUACCGGUAAGCAGGUACUCGAUUGUGGAAGGCAAAUCGCUGAACGAAUGUGUCGAUGAGUUGUCUAACAGUGAUUUUGGAGAUAGUCAUAUUUCUGACAUUUGCAGAGGCGUAAGGAGCGGCCAUGGCUUACGAGUGAAACAGGAAGAUCGAAGCGAGUCAGUGGCGGGACUGUUUUCAGACGUGGACCGCAAUUUAGAGAAAGUGAGAAAAGCUCAGGAAUUACGUACCCAGAACUGUGACAGUGACGUGGUUUGUGGUGGAUGCGAAGUGGACUUGGUGCAGCUGGCCAAUAGGUCUUUCAUCUACCGUCAGAAAUGGCUUGCCCUAAAUGUGUUUCACUAUGUUAUGAUUAUUGUGUUUCUAUUCGUGAUUAUCGUUUUGCCAUUAACCUGGUUAUUGUAUAAGCUGGUCAUCGAAUAG